AUGUGCAUUGUUCUUCUCAGACAUGAAACAAUCUGGGGAGGCUUAAGCAACGUUCUCAGUCAUUCUCUCCUCCGAGCCCUUUUCACGGUUUAAGGUGGCGCAGCGACUGGGGCUGGCCGUCCUCGGCAAAGCGUCAGCCGAUUCAGAAGGACUCCUUAAGAAGUGUCGCUGUACGUCGCUCGGGCUCAGCUGCACCGAAAAGGGGGCUGAAGGGGAUGGAGUGACUUCGGGGACGAUGCUAUGCGGUCGCUGCUUGUGUAAAGGGCUAGCCAGAGCCGGUCGCCGUUGAAUCACACGAAGAAAUUUUUUUUGGGUUUCCCCACCAUCUGUCCUGUGUCUCCGAAACGCUGGGGAGAAAAUGAACCAGCCUCCGUCAGCUAGGUAAAGAGAUGACCUGGCACGCAAAGUCUCAACAGCAUGCUGAGGAGACGAAACCUUCUCACUACACUACUCAUCGUUCUACCAUGGGCCCUACUCCUAACACUGUGGCAUCAGCACCCCACCAGCCGCUACCUCACCCUGCUAAGAAAGGACACAGGUGACAAUUCUACAGUCAGACCCCUUUUCAACAAUGUGACCCAGAGUAAAGAGGACUCUCUACAAUGUGUCCACCAGCACUCCACCCGAGCAACCCCCGUAGUUGUUCGGACAUACGUCUAUUCUCGACCUCCACCCUGGAAUGAGGAUCUCCCCGUCAUCUAUGUUAUUACGCCCACCUACACCCGGCCUGUCCAGAAAGCUGAGCUGGUUCGACUGGCCAACACCUUUCUUCAUGUCGUAAAUUUGCACUGGAUUGUGGUUGAAGAUUGCCCAAGGAAGACCAAACUGGUGGCCAACCUGCUGGAGAAAGCUGGGCUUAACUUCACCCACCUGAACAUCGAGAGCCCACAUAAUCAAAAAGUAGGCUUAUCCAGAACCCCUUCCCACACCCCGAGAGGAACCAUGCAGAGGAACUUGGGCCUGAGAUGGCUUCGGGACAACAUCAAUGCUUCCAACCCUCCUGAGGGAGUGGUCUACUUUGCUGAUGAUGAUAAUACCUACAGCCUGGAACUUUUUGAAGAGAUGCGGUACACGCGAACAGUGUCUGUGUGGCCAGUGGCCUUCGUGGGUGGUUUACGGUUCGAAUCCCCGAGGGUCAGUCCGGCAGGCAGAGUGGUCGGCUGGAAGACGGUGUUUGAUCCCAACCGCCCGUUUGCCAUCGACAUGGCCGGCUUCGCCAUCAGUCUUCGCCUCAUCCUGGAAAGGCCCUAUGCCAACUUCAAGCUGGAAGGGGUGAAAGGCGGCUACCAGGAGACCAGCUUACUGAAAGAUCUCGUCACCAUGGACGGGCUGGAAGCCAAGGCUGCCAACUGCACUAAGGUUUUGGUCUGGCACACCAGGACUGAAAGACCUACAUUGGUCAAUGAAGGGAAGAGAGGAUUUACUGACAUGAACAUUGAAGUGUAGACAUGGAACGUACCACUGUGUAUUCUGUCCAUGUCACUCUAUUUGUAUGAAGAUAAAGAAGGAAAAGUUUACAAAAGACUGAUUUUACAGUGUUAUUCUUACAAACUAAAUAUUGUGGAUUUUUUUUUUUGUGGAUGCUUCAGUUCGCAUUUUUAAAAAAAAAACGAAGAAAAAAAUUACUUUUCUGUCGGCAGAGAACCGCCUUGCCGCUUCUUGCCGCCCCCUGCUCCUAAUUAAUACGGAAUAUAAGACAUGAAGAGCCAGCAAGGAGGAGGAAGCAGAAAAAGAAGCCAGCUCUUUUCUCUGAGUAAAACAUAUGUUGCUUCUUCCUCAGACAUAUGGGUCUCUGUACCAAAGCUAAUUAAGAUGUUCUCACCGCCUAACGCGCCAUCAAAAGUACGACACUUGCUCAUCAAGCUUCCAUACGAAGGACCAGAAAUUUCUCCGUGUUUUUUCUUCUUUUUUUUUUUUU